GCAUUCACAAUUCUUAUUUAUUGUUUUCUUGUUCUCAACAUCUGCCGGCUUCUUCUAAUCGCAAAAUCUCUUCCCCUUAGACGGAAAGAACUAGAACAUACACUAUGUCAGCACAAGCUGGUGAAAAAUUACCAAUAUCGAAAUAUCAAUACUAUUGUGAAUUUCAUGAGGACUCUUACAGUGUUGGAGUUGUUGACGAUGACGGUGCAGUCCUUUAUGAAGACCCUUAUGGCGGCCUUCUAAAUGAUAUUGUGCGAUACAAUGACGUGGCUAAAUUAGCCCAAUAUCUGGAUAUCAACACUCGUGCUACUCUGGGCCAGGUUGAGGUAUACCACUGGGACCCAUUUUAUGUUGCUGCAGAGUCUGGGAGUACUGAAGCGCUUGACCUGCUUCUCAAGCAUUAUAACGCUCAUUUAAACGACACUGACAUGAUACCAUUUGAAAAACGACAAUUUCGUCUGCUUAAUGUGGCCUGCUUAAACGCUCGGGUCGAGACUGCGCUGUUUCUUUUGGAUACCCAAUCUGCACUGGCAAGCCUCCACGCCAGAGAUAAUUCCAUGUACUGUAAGGACGGUGACACCCCACUGCUCUCGGCUGCAGAUUCCUUCACUCAUUUGCCACGCCGCUUCGAACAAGAUGAUGACCUUGCAAUCCAUGCCCAACAGGCUCGUGCUGAAGAGCUUAUGAAUCAACUCCUUAACAGAGGAGCUUCCGCCAAAGAUGUAAUGAUGUCUAUUAAUCAACAGGUUUCAGAAACAGUCCUUAGUCGGGCCAUUUCGAGGGCCAGUUAUGGUUUAAUAAAACGACUCAUUGCCGAAGGAGCGGACCCGCAUGUCAAGAUUGUACAGCUGGCUGAUUUCGGUCAACACGAGCAAGUGCAUGGCGUUACUCCCCUUCAUCUUGGAAGCCUCCAUGCGAAUAUUGAUGGUGUUCGGGCCCUGUUUGAUCAUCGUGGAGACAAGGCUACUAUUAUGGAAAUGGUCUUGUCUAGUGAUAGCGGCGGUCGCCUUCCCCUUCACUGGGCUGCACGAGGGGCUCAUAGUUCAGAGUACCACUAUAUGCUUCCUCGUAACGAAAUUGUUACACAUGCAGUCAGCACUAUCAACCUACUUUUAUCUAUCAAUCAAGACAUAAUCAAUGUUCAAGACCAUAAAGGAUACAAUGCCUUGUGGUAUACAGUUUUUGGCUUUAGAGAUUGUAUUAACCAGCAUUUCGAUAUUCUGAAGACAUUGUUUGAGUAUGGAGCAUACGGAAAUAUACGUGACCAAGAUGGUAUGAAUAUGUUGCAUUUCUUAGGUUUCACACAGGACGGUGAAGCCAUAGAUGCCGCAAUAAUAGAACACCUAAUAUCCCAUGGUGCCAACAUCAAUGAUAUUGAUAUACGUGGAAAUACUCCACUCAACCAAAUGGCGAUAAACUUGCGUCAAGUUGAGGCCGUGCGGGCUUUACUUGGCUGCGGGGCCAGUAUAGCGGUAAAGAACUUGAGAGGUGAUACUCCGCUUCAUCAGGCAGCACAAGGAAAGGUCUUUCCCUACAGAGACGGACCGGGCAUUGAAAGGCAUGGCGUCCCGCUGGAUGCUAAGAUCAGAGCACAAGACGAGAUGAUGAAAGUCUUAAAAGAAGCGGGUGAUGAGUUCGACAUGAUGAACAAAAAGAAUGCAGACGGCAAAACUCCACGACAGCUGCUGGAGGAAACGCGAAAUAAAUGGGGCCAGCAGGAGCGGGAACGACUGAGUCGUAUUUCAACACUUGAAAAGUGACUGGACGGUCCCUGCCCCUGGAUUGAGAUGGCACCAAACUCCUGAAGCUGUUCCCCAUGGCACGCCUAGAUGAACUUACCAAAUAUUUCUUUGGCCGAUCGUAUAGGUUGAUUGGCAGCGUUACCGUUUAUCAAGCGACAAAAGUUAAGCAUUGCGGUUAUGGAAUCGCUAAAAAACUGCUGUAGACUUCAAUAAACGGCUAAAAUAAUUUGAUCUGGUCUGAGAUUUGUAUCGGUAAUUAUUUAAGCUUUCUAACUUUCAGAUCAAUUUCUAGAUACAGUCUACAUAUUAUACACCCAGUAUUAAGAUCUCUGCUUCACACAAAUAAAAAACGAAUGUACAGAGUGAAAUAGUUUCCUUCAAGUGUCCAGGUAUUCAAUGUUGUAGAAUACUACUGAUCAUCUCACAACAUUAGAGGAACUUUUACAGAUAUACUCCAUAAGCUUAUUAAUAUUUUAUAAAAG